GUGGAUUUAAAAUGCACUCAAAGUUUUUCAGUUUGUGUGAUAUAUGAUGCGAAAAACAUUUUUAUUUGUCGAAAAAAUUAUGCGCGAGGCAAAUAGCGGCUCUACAUCAACAAAAAAGCUACAACUAUAGAUGCCAAAUACGUGUGCGCCCGUUUGUGAUCCUUGUGCCCCUUGUGGACCGUGUGGCGUUGCUUCGCCUUGUGGGCCCGCUGGACCUUUUUACAAUCCGCUUGGAAGUCUUUGUAUUCCAGAACGCGGACCUCAAGUUUACACCUCAAGCGAUUUAUGUUCGAUGCCCCAAUGUCCCACGGUUUGCCCUCCAGCUCCCUGCGGGCCUCGUUUUGUGACUGUUCAACAACCUCCUCGCACCGUUUGUCGCAAAGAUGUCGUCUAUUGCAAACGUUCCGUCAUCGAUAAGCACGUCUUGCCCUGUACCAAAGCGAUUUGCGAGCCAAAACUCAUUUACACGCCCCGAACGAUCUGCGAGCCCGUGGUUGUGUGGAAAAAACGCGUUAUCCCAUGCCCGAAAAUCCUUUGGUACAAAAAAGUCGUGCCAGAUCCAAAAGUCGUUUGCACCACGAGAACUAUUACGGAGCCAAAGGAAAUUUGUCGGACUCUGGUUUGUCAGCCACGCCCCCAAAUCAUUCAAGUCCCGCCCCCAAAGGAAUAUUGCUGCUAUCCAACGGGCGCCAAUUUCGCGAAACCCGAACCAAUGUGCGGAAAUCCAGCGCAAGUGCCUUGUGUCGCUCCGCGAGGCGUUGGAUGCCCUCCUGGAUGCGGGCCUUGCGACAUGUACUGCGGAACAGAUUGCCUACCAUCGGGAACGUGCUGCUAAAAAAUUUCUUGAGAGCUUAUUUUUCAC